CGGCCGGGCGCUGCCAAAAUGCAGUAUUCUCAUCACUGCGAGCACCUUCUCGAGAGGCUGAACAAGCAGCGGGAAGCCGGCUUCCUGUGCGACUGCACGGUUGUUAUCGGCGAAUUCCAGUUCAAGGCGCACAGAAAUGUGCUCGCUUCUUUCAGCGAGUACUUCGGUGCGUUUUACAGAGAUGCUUCUGACAACAAUGUUGUCCUGGAUCAGACUCAAGUGAAAGCUGAUGGAUUCCAAAAACUCCUUGAAUUCAUUUAUACGGGACAUUUAAACCUUGACAGCUGGAAUGUUAAAGAAAUUCAUCAGGCUGCCGACUAUCUCAAAGUAGAAGAAGUGGUGACUAAAUGCAAGAUAAAGAUGGAAGACUUUGCUUUUAUUGCUAAUCCAUCUUCUACAGAGACAUCUAGUAUCACUGGAAACAUCGAAAUGAAUCAGCAGACCUGCCUUCUGACCCUCCGAGAUUACAAUAAUCGGGAGAAAGCAGAUGCUGCUUCUGCAGACUUGGUUCAACCACAAGCAAAGAGAGCAGCUUUAGAAAAGAAAUCUGCUCAGCCCAAAAAGCGAAAGAAGAAUUUCAGCUCCCCCAAAAGCAUACAGAAUAAAUCAGUACAAUAUCAAAAUGAUGUGGCUGAGAAUGCAUCAAUUGAAAUGUUCUUAGAUGCGAAUAAACUUGCUACACAGAUAACAGAGCAGGCUGCUCAAGGCAGUGAUAACUCUGAACUAGAGUUGUCAUCUGUGGUGGAAAGUGAAACAUUGGCAGCACAAGAUAUGUUAGUUCAGACUCUUACAGCAAAGCAAAAACGGGGAAAGCCUCAGCAAAACUGUGCACUAAAAGAGCAUUGUAUGUCUAAUAUAGCCAAUGAAAAGAACACUUACCAGCUGGAGGGCUCAGGAGAGGAACUUGAUCAAAAGUACUCCAAAGCUAAACCAGUGUGCAACACGUGUGGAAAAGUCUUCUCAGAAGCCAGUAGCCUCCGUCGACACAUGAGAAUACACAAAGGAGUGAAACCAUAUGUGUGUCAGCUUUGUGGGAAGGCAUUUACACAGUGCAAUCAGUUGAAAACGCAUGUAAGAACUCACACAGGGGAGAAGCCAUACAAAUGUGAACUGUGCGACAAAGGCUUUGCCCAGAAAUGCCAGUUAGUGUUCCACAGUCGGAUGCAUCACGGAGAAGAGAAACCAUACAAAUGUGAUGUGUGCAAUCUGCAGUUUGCAACAUCAAGCAAUCUGAAGAUUCAUGCCAGGAAGCAUAGUGGCGAGAAGCCCUAUGUGUGUGACCGGUGUGGUCAGCGGUUUGCUCAGGCCAGCACGCUCACCUACCAUGUGCGUCGCCACACAGGGGAGAAACCUUAUGUGUGUGACACUUGUGGAAAAGCCUUUGCUGUGUCAAGUUCUCUCAUCACCCAUUCCCGAAAACAUACAGGAGAGAAGCCAUAUAUCUGUGGCAUUUGUGGAAAAAGUUUUAUUUCUUCUGGAGAGCUCAAUAAACAUUUUCGGUCCCAUACAGGUGAAAGACCAUUUAUCUGUGAAUUGUGUGGAAAUUCUUACACAGAUAUAAAAAAUCUAAAGAAGCACAAAACAAAAGUUCAUACAGGAUCUGAAACGCCCCCUGAUUCCAAUACACUUGAGAAUUCUUUCAAUGAACAAGAAUCCAUUCAGAAUCAGAAGAGUCCUUUAUCAGAGUCUGUAGAUGUGAAGCCCUCUGAGAUGUCUUUACCACUUCCUCUUCCCAUUGGGACUGAAGACCAUCAGAUGCUGCUUCCUGUGACGGGUAGUCAGUCUCCUUCAUCAGAAACAUUACUAAGAUCUGCUGUAACUGGAUAUUCAGAACCUCAGUUUAUUUUCUUGCAGCAAUUGUACUGAUGCUGCAGUAUGGAGCCAAGGUAACCUGGUAACGAACCUGCAUACCUUUGGUAAGAUGAACAUGAUGAUUCAAGCAGUUAACGUUUUUCUGAGUUGGAUCUGUUCUUUUUCUUCUAUGUAAAGACACAUGUAAGGCAUCUCCAUUGUGCAAUCUGCCUUUCAUAUCUUGUUGAAUCAUGCUAAUCUACAAUCAAUUUUUUAAUUGCAGUUUAUACUGAUUUCCAGGAGAUUAUUCCUUCCCAGCAACACCUGCCUUAAGAAUUAUCUCUUAAAUGUGUUAAUGAUUUUUGGAGAUCUCCUGCAGUGUUCCUGCUCAUCUGAUAUGUCACAGUGUCAUUUGGAAGCAGAUGUUUUAAGCCAUAUUUAUUAGUUUAAGAAUAUUAGCCCAGAUGUAUGUUGGGGGGGGAAUCAUAAUUCAGAUGUACUAACAAGCUUGUACUCCUACAUUCCAAGGUGAUAUAAAGGAGUACGUGAUGGAAGGUAGGCCAGUGCUCUGGUGAGGUGCUUGCAAAGAAUUACUGCUGUCUGCCAGAAGUAGUUGUCUUCAGUUGAAGUCUGACCAGAGGAAAGGAAAACUUUGGGGUAAAUGUCCCUGACAAGGGACUUUUUUUUUUUUUUUUUCUUUCCUGUAGUUUGGUAAAUCAUAGAAAGGUAACAAAAUGACAUGUACCUGGUGGGUAUUCUUUCCAAGAUAUUUUUAUUUUUAUUUUUUUUAAAUGAGGCCAACAUUAUUGUACCUGGUCCCAGCUUUAUUUUUCACACCCCUAAAAUAUCCUGUAUUUUGGCACAAAUAGCAGCCUUUGCUCAAAGGAAGAUCUGGAACCACGAGUGUUGCAGAUGAGACUGUACCAACUUCAUUGUGAGGCAGGAAUCAUCAUAUCAUAAUAAUCAUUUAUCUGUUAUGGUAGCGUUUCUUGUUGUGUUAAACAGUACAAAAGAAGAAAUAAAUCCUUCCUUCACUGAUAAAAUACUACUUUAAUGCUAAAUGAGUGGCAUUAAGGAAGAAUACAACAGAGCAGAUUGAUAAUUCCUUGACCAGAAGAAUAUCUGUGAUUUAAUUGAAGUAUUUAUGAAUUGCAUUACCUGUCAUGUCACUUAUCCACAGUAACAUCAUAAAACUGUUAUUUAGCAAGACCCUUGUAAAAGUAUGUUUUAUUAUCAGCAAUCUGAAUUUAAAAAAAAAAAAAAAACAGCAGCAUUUUUAGUGUCCUGAUAGGGUUGUUAAAGUCUAGUUGACAAAAUAGAAGUUUUUUUCUACUUCAUUUUUCCAGUUUGUGCCAUUAUUAGCAUAACGUGAGCAUUAUUUAAGUAAUCAUCAAAUAGUAAGGAAAUGGUCAUACAACUGUACCAACAAUACAUUUAAAGGUAUUGAUUUGUUGGUUAGUUACUUGGUGCUAGCAUUUUAUUUCCACUGAUGCCUUGCGUUCAGAUGCUGAUUAAUAGAAGAGCAUAGGAGAUACCUCUUAUCUGUUUUACAUGGAGUAAUAAUUAAUCUGCACCUUAAUUAAACAGCCUUGUGAAAAAUUUCAUGGAGGAUUUCAUUUAAAUGUUUUGUAAAUGGUCCCUGAACUCCUGAGCAUGACUGGAUUUUUUUUUUUUUAUUUUCUUUCCUCCUCCUCUUCCUACCUGUUGGUACUUGUAAAGUAGUAGACCCUUAGCAGCUUUGUGUUGAUCAUCCUAGGUUAUGGCAUGUGUAAAACUUCUGCUUCACAUUUUAUGCUUUAACAUUACUGUUAAAGUCUACCGUGCAUAGCAUGAUGUAUAACCCCUUCCCCAGGGAUAUUUUUAUCACAGACAUCUAUAACUAUGUUUAUUGAAGCUGAUUCUUGCCAUUCCUUUCAGACCUUUAUUUUAUUUGCUUAUCCAUACUACAACAUUUAUGAAUAGCUAAUGUCCUUUAUAAUGCUGGCAAAGGACAAUGGAUGAAGUUCUCUGAUUUUCUGCUAGGCAUCCAUUCAGAUGGAUGCCACCACCACCACCACCACCACUUCUUUUUGUUGAUGUAAUACCUGAAGGAUUCCUUUGUCAGCUCCAUUUACAACUGAAGAAUUGCAGAGAUCAGGAUCCUAACUCUUAAGUAACAAGUGAACUCCUAUGUAGCUUGACCUAAGCUUCCUCACUGCUUUUUUCUGUCUGAAAAUACAGUAGAACCUUUAGAUAGACAUACCUUUAGUCACAAGUACUAAAAGGAAAAAAAACAUUGUGCAAUUAAUAAAUUCAUAUUUAAACAUCCAUAGAAGAUAAACUAAUGAUAUGCUACUGUAACCUGAGAAAAAGUAUCUGAAGAUUAAUAUAUUCAGGAUAUGUGACCACAAGUGAGAAUUAGUUCUGGAAAAAAAUUCACAUUCCUACAUAGAAAAAGCAUUCCAUAGCAAUGUUUGUUUGGACUGUUUUUAUAUUUCUACAACUAUAGCUUCUUACUGUAUUCUUAGGUUUCAGACUUUUUAAAAAACACAGUGCUUAGAUUUAUACAGGAUCUUGUUUAGAUACUUAGUAACAUUUGCUUUAUUACUCAUUUAAUUUUCUUUAUAGACAAGAAGAUAAUGAUUAUUUUUUACAGGACAACAUUUUUAACCUUUCUUAAUAGAAUACACAGGCUAGUAGUUUUGUCUUGGAGCAAUAAUUUAGUGACCUACACUCUUGAGUCCCCAUCUAAGAGUCUUGAUUCUUAUCCUCAUCUUUUGUGAAGAUAUCUCAGCUGCUGAGGUAUGAUCUCCUUUAACUGUAUUCAUUUACUAGAAUAUAGAUUUUAGAUAUAUCUAAUUUGUAGGAGGGCUUAUGCUGGGUGCUGUAGGACCUGAAGAGGCAGAUCUGUAUUGUAUCUUUUGCUGAUGCAUGGAAAUCAGCUGCACAUCUGAAUCAUAGGUUUAAGGAUUCCAGGUUCAUUUUGGAGGUACAAGGCAUAAAACAGUAUUUCUGAUUUGUGUGAGGGAUUACUGUGGGAAACAUGGAAUCUUUUCAGGCAUACUACUCCUUCCCGAAACCUGCCUGCAAAAGGUGAGAAUAUUAACAAUUCCAGUAUCGGUAAAUUGGAGAAAAUCGCAUGAUUUGUCUCAGUGAGACCAUUGUUUCAUACUGUCUCAGUCAAGUUUGCACUGAAGUCAGUGUAAGUUUUGCGUGAAUAGGUUAUCUUCAUCUAGAAAUUUAUUAAUUGGCUCUUGUGAAAUACUUCCACUAGAAUAACUCUGUGCUAACUCACUUGUUUCAGAAUUUGUACCUAGAUGUGUGCACAAAGCAUGGCACCUUUUCUGAUGUAGUACAUUUCAAGAAAUGUUCAAGUAUGGACAAGUCCCAUGUAAAGGAUUUCAGAGCUCUGAUCUUGGAGAGGCUAUUGAUAAGCCUUACAGAACUAAGUUCAGAUAAGGACUAAUAACUGAUUUUUUUGUUAAGUUAUUUUUUGAAGUAUCUUUCAUGUAUAUACAAUAUUUCCUCUGUUGUUUGUUUGUAUAUAGCUCAACUCUCAAUUUUAUAAUUCCCUGGGAAGGGAGGGAGUUGUACAUACUUAGCCUGAAGUGUUUUAUGUUAGACUUUAAUAAACUUGUUUUGUAACUUUCCCUCA